UUUUUCCUUCCAAGCUGAUAAGUUGUAAAUUUUUCUCGCUGUGUUCGACGAAAAUAAAAUUCGGCAUUAAAAAAAAGUUUCACUUGGGAUUUUUUUUUGUGGAAAAUAAUUAAAAUAUUAAAGAAAAAUUUUUAAUAUUUCCUUUAAAUAAAACAUAUAUAAAAAAAAUUGAAAUAAUAAAAAUGUUUAAAUAGUUGUUUUUUUCCUUUUACCAAAUAAUAGAAAAGAAGAAAAUAUUUUGGAGAGAGAAAAAAAAAUGCAAAAUUUUUUAUAAUUUGAGGUGGUUUCAAAAUCAAAAUUACAAAAUAAAGAAAAAAAAUAUUGUAGUACAUACUGAAAAAAAGGUGAAAAAAAAAAUGAAAAAAAUUUAUAAUGAAUGAACACCAAAAACAUCAACUAAAAAACCAAAAAAACACAACAAUUUAAUUAAAAGGAGGAAAAGAAAAAUCAAGGUUUUUUGAUUAAAUUUUUUUUUUGCAAAAUUUUUAUGUAGAAUUGCACACAAUUCCCAAAAAAAAAGUAAAUAAAAUCUAAAAGUGAAUAAGAAAAAAUAAUAAAAAUUAUUUGAUUUUGUUUAAAAUUUUGCACAAAAUAUUUGUUAAAAAAAAGCAACAACAACAAAAAAAGAAGGCAAUUAACUUUGAUAACUUUGAUUUUUAUUUUCAGUUUUUUUUUACUUUUAUUUUUUUUUUUCUUUGCGAAAAUUAAUAUACAAGAAUUACAGAUUUUUCUGCAAGCAAAUAAUAAUAAUAAUAAAAAUUUAGUGAAUAAAAACAGAAGGGGAAAUUGAUAAUAAUGGUGCAAAAAUAUCAGAGUCCCGUCAGGGUAUAUAAGUAUCCAUUUGAACUUGUUAUGAAGGCUUAUGAGAGACGUUUUCCAACAUGCCCUCAAAUGCCAAUCGUAUUGGAUUGUGAAAUAGUUAAAGACGAAAUAUUAGAGAAUGGUGCAAGACGUAAUACAAGUCGACGUUGUAAAUUAGCUGUUGAAGCACCAUAUAUAUUACGUAAAGUAAUUGGUGUUGAUCAUGUAUUUUUUAUACAAGAUAAUUAUCUUGAUAUGCCAAAUCGUACAUUAAAUAUUGAAGCAACAAAUGAAACAUUUUCAAAUCGUGUUGAAAUAUUUGAACGUUGCCGUUAUUAUGCUCAUCCAGAUAAUCCAGAUUGGACAUGUUUUGAUCAAACAGCAACAUUAGAUAUUAAAAAUUUUUUUGGUUUUGAACAUUCAAUGGAAAAAAUGGGAAUGAAACAAUAUACACAAACAACAUUAAAAGGUCGUGAAAUAAUUGAAUAUUUUAUUGAGGAAUUACGUAACGAAGGUAUAACACAUGUUGAAAGAUGGCCAAUAAGUGAUAAUGAACAAAUUGAUAAUGAUAAUGAUGAAAAGAAUAAUGAAACAACUGAGAUAACAAAAGAUAUACAACAAAUAAAAUUAUCAUCACCAGAACAUCAUCAUAAUAAUCAUCAUAAUAGUCAUCAUCAUCAUUUUGCUAGUCGUCAUUAUUCGCAUGAAUCACAUGAAAUAUUAUUGGAUGGUGAUUUUAUAGCAAAAUUUUUAGGACAUUUAACACCAAUGCAAGAAUCAAAAUUAUUGGAAUUAAGAAAAAAAAUUGAAGAAUUAGAAUUUGUUGAUAAAAUACCAAGUUAUCAAACAUUAUUAAGAUUUUUACGUGCAAGAGAUUUUAGUAUUGAAAAAUCAUUUCAUAUGCUUGAAGAAUCAUUAAAAUGGCGUAAAGAGAAUAAUGUUGAUUCAAUAUUAAAUGAAUAUACAAUACCUUCGGUUGUGGUAAAUCAUUUUCCAGGUGGAUGGCAUCAUCGUGAUAUUGAUGGUCGUCCACUUUAUAUAUUAAGAUUGGGUCAUAUGGAUGUUAAAGGUUUAUUAAAGGCUGUUGGAGAGGAUGGUCUCCUAAAAUUGUCAAUUUAUAUUUGUGAACAAGGAAUCAAAAAAAUAAAUGAAUCUGCAAAAAAAUUAAAUAAACCAAUAUUAAAUUGGUCAUUAUUAGUUGAUUUAGAUGGUCUUUCAAUGAGACAUUUAUGGCGUCCUGGAGUAAAAGCUUUAUAUAAUAUUAUUGAAACAGUUGAAAAAAAUUAUCCAGAAACAAUGGGUAGAGUACUGGUUGUAAGGGCACCAAGAGUAUUUCCGAUUGCAUGGACAAUUGUUAGUGCAUUUAUACAUGAAAAUACGAGAUCAAAAUUUUUAUUUUAUGGUGGCCCUGAUUGUUUACAUAUGAAAGAUGGUUUGGAACAAUAUAUUGAAUCAGAUAAAAUACCAGACUUUUUGGGUGGACCAUGCAAGGCAAAUAUUUCAACAAGUGUGGACCAAGUCGAGCCGAAAAACUACACACGUUGUUAUUUAAACAAAUGUCAAUGUAGCUUAAUUCAUGAAGGCGGUCUUGUACCAAAAACUUUAUAUAAGAUGAAUAGUGAAGAAGAAGCUCAAAAUGGUGCUGUCGCACAUGAACAUCACAAUUUAUAUCAAAGUGUUGAAUUGAAAAAUGGUCAAACUCAUGAGGUUGUGAUAAAAAAUAGUGAUCCAAAAUCAGUUUUAACGUGGGAUUUUGAUAUUUUACGAAGUGAUGUUCAUUUUACAUUAUAUAGGACAAGUGAAGAUCUUGGAACUAAAGAAGAUUCAUAUUCAUCUUAUAUUGAAUUAUGUGGUUUUGAAGAAGGUGUCCAUUAUACAAGAGAAGAACCAACAACGAUAUGCCGUCACAAAGAAAGUGUACAAGGAUCGCAUGUUAUGGCAGCUAAAGAAACUUAUGUUUUACAUUGGUAUUGUACAACAACAUCAGGUGAGGAACCAGCACAAUUACAUUUCUUUUAUGAAAUUUUGAGUUCAGCCCAUUAUAAAGGAUCAAUGACAAGUUUACAAUCUGGUUUUUCAACGAAUAGUGCAAGCAGUUCAUGCCAAUCCCGAUGAUAAGAAUAUAAUUUCAAUUUUAUUGAAAAGAAUCAAAUUUAAUGGUGCAGUGCAAAAAUAUAUAUAGUAAAAAAUAAGAAUUUAGAAAAAGAACAAAAUUAUUUAAUAUUAAAGAUCAUUAUAUAAUAAUAUGCAAAUUAUUAUAUGCAUGUAUGUAUUUUAAAUAUAAAAUCAAAUUGGAAAGAAAUUUUAUUAUACUAUUUAUAAGUAAGUAGAACUUGUUAAAAAUAGAAGAAGAAUAAUUGAAAGAAUAAAGAAAAACACUUUUUUGUAUAAAAAAAAUUUAACUACCAUA